AUGCGCAAAUCAGUAUGUUCCGUUAGCUGUCAGUGUUUUCCUCCUGUCGAUAAACGGAGAGCGGAGAACUGAAGUAAACUUUCCACUGAAGCUUCGCUGAUUGAAGGGAGAGUCUCUGCUUAACUUGGAAGGAUUAAAUCAUCAAACAUGUGGGUAACUAGCUUUCCCCCGACACUUUACAAACUUCUACCGACGGAAACAGACGUUACGUUGACGGCAACGGACUAACGGCUGAGGAAACAUAAGUCUGAAGAAGGAGGAGGGAACUUUUAACCAAAGGUUUUAACUUUUAGUUUUUGUGUGUUUCACUUAUGAUGACAGAUACGAGUUAGCUUGAAGUAUGGUAGCCAGCGUACAAACGGGUGUAGCCUAGAACCGGAGUCACACCGGAUCUCCACAGCUGGUCGGGCAGCCCAGCGGCGCCGUUGCGAUGGGCAACCGCGGGAUGGAGGAGCUGAUCCCGCUGGUGAACCAGCUGCAAGACGCCCUAAGCAGCGUGGGACACACCUGCAGUCUUGACCUGCCGCAGAUAGCUGUGGUGGGAGGACAGAGCGCCGGGAAGAGCUCCGUUUUGGAGAACUUCGUGGGCAGGUAAGACGGUCCACAUGUGAGCGCCCCACACGACCCUAAACAUCCACACCAGUGUUACCUGUCUUUACCAUAGACUGUAUCUUAUAUACAGUCUAUGGUCUUUACACUCUGACUCCAGACAUGUUAGUGUUGUUUAUCAAUCAGCUCACAAUGAUCCUACAACAUCCCCAACUAGUUCUAAAAAUACUCUGAGUUUUUUAAGUUUUCUUUAAGUUCCCAGAAUGAUCCUGGACCACUUUCUCCAAAAUUGUUGAGGAUGUUCUUUGAAAACCAUUGUCAAAAUGUUCGCAUGUAACUUCUUUCUAGAAGCAACUCCUGAAAGCAGACAUCUGAAAAUACAAAUAGAGAAACAAAAGUUCAAACAGAUGUCACAAACGCUUCUCUUUAUUUUUAAACAUAAAAGCUUAUAGCUGGUUCUUAAACUUGUAGUUAAAAAUGAAAAUAAAAAUUACAAGUGCAAAUGUAGUUGUAGUAGUACUAAGAUGGUAGUAGAAAUGAGCAGUAGUAAAAGUACAAGCACUCCUGAGUGUUUCUAGGUAGGUGUUGAAGUCAGUCCCAGCUGCUAACACACUGACUUCUAUCUCACCUCGAUCUCAAAUGCACAGUGCCAAUCUUGUCACAAAAAAGAAUGAAUGAAUGAAAUAAUUGUAAGUUAUUAUUUACUGAAAAGCAGAGCGCUGCAAAAUGGCUUUUUAAGUACAUAAAUCUUUGAUUUAAUCAACAUGUCAAAUCUAUAUUCACCAUGAAGUGGCUAUUAUGAACAUACAUCAUCAUCUAUUUGCAUACCACCUUCUUUCUGUGAGCUGCAUCACUUGGCUGUUCACGAGCUGAUUCAAGUUCUCCCACAGUCUGUAGAGGACUGGUGAGCUCUUCAAUCACAGGCUCAUUAGACCUCACAUCUUUCAUUAAAAUGGCUUUUAUGGCAGAGAGAGAAUACUCAAUCUUGUCCAGCCUCAUAAAGAUGGACCUCCUCACAUACCGUGGUAUGCAGGAAUCAUCAAAAACAUAAAAAUACACAAUUAGUUCAUAACAAGUCAUUCUUUUAUAGUCUUACUGUCUUUGGCAACUCAGGCUGGCCACGUAGACAAAAGUUUAAUAGAUAUUUUUAUGCAAUAUUUACAAAGAGAUUUUUGAUAAAGAAUCAUCAUUUAUGUGGAUGUAAAUAAGUAAGAGGAAGAAAUUCAGAAAAUGCAGCCUUUAAAACCAGGAAAAGAUUUUAGGAUUUAAGGAUAUUACAAUAUUCAACAUCUAGGAGGAUAUCAAGUACCUUGAUACUAAUACAUCGCUAAACCUUGCUAGCAACAUGGUACAUGGAAAAUUUGUGUUAAUUUGUUUUUUAAACUAAAAAGGAAGGAAAUAAACUUGUUGGUGUAUUACAGUAGAACCUGAGAGAACACUUUGGAACUCUGAAAUGUUUACAACUCUGAAAGUGAUGUCAAAAAACACCAGAUUUACUCAGUUAAAUACUUUAAGUUUCAUACUUGCCAUUUUGUAAAAUUCUUACAGCGUGAAUCAUGCACACUUUUAGUUUCAUACCCUGUUUGAAAGAUCAGAAUUUCAUAUCUCACUUUAACAUCUGCAUGGUCAUGAUGAAGAUGCCAACUUACUUUCAGUGAUUGGCAUUGUUUUUGAACUCUUCUGCAACGCAUCUGAACUGCUGUUUCCUGUGGGAGAAGCUUAUAAAACAAACAAUAUUUUAAAAAAUAUAUUAUGAAAAACAACUACAGGUGAAAUCAGUGUUAUGAGGAUUCUGAACUACAAGCAUUUGGGAUGGUUUCCUCUAGAACAGGGUUCUCAAACCUUUCCAUACUUUUAGGUGGACACACCUAAACGUACUGUUUCUUUCUCUUAAUAUUUUGUGUAGCUAAAACAAGUUGUCAAAGAAGUAGUAACUUUUUCAUUGCACUUAUAUCAACAAUUGUGAUCAAUUCUUUUCGCUUUACAGUAAAAUUUUUUUGUAAAACAUUCAUACAUUAAUACAAGUGCUGUUUCUCAUCAUUUUCCAUUUUCCUUUUGCAAAAUGAUUUGGUUUUUGAGGCUUCACUUGAGCUGCUCUAACAGAGUUCAAGGUGGCAAUCUUGAGUGGUCAAGCUUUGACCUAACAAAUACUUCUCAGAGGACUACAAUACAAAGCAGCCAUUGGAAAACAGACAACAAACAAAUGUGCAAACUGCAAGUUGGGUGCCUGCCCUUAAGAGACAGUGGAUGAUAAAAUAGCGACCUUCCAUGCCUUGUGUGCCAUGAAAAGUAUUUGUGCAAACUCACACUCUUGUGCAAUGGCAUUGAAAAAAUGAAGCCUCAAAAUACUGCAACUUUCACUACAAUUUUUUUAGAAGCUGAUGCAAAUCAGGCAUUUUCGUCCCCUUUCACUGUCUAUUUGCAAAAGUUAUUUUUUUUUUUACAUUGGCUCAUACUAGGGAUGUCACAAUAUCAAAUUUUGGUUUCACGAUUGUUGUCAGAGAAAGUUUUCAACGAAUAUUGACACUAUGGAGCUACUAUAGCCAUUAUAACUACUGUGGCUGCUCUGAGCAGUCAAUGGGGACCAUUGAAAAAGCAAAAGUUUUCUAGUGGUUGUAAAAGUUACGGGUUACAGUUUGACCUUGAAUUAACUCUGCAGCUCUUCAAUACACAAGAAGACCUUAUGUUCGAGGGACAGCUAUCACUGCAAAUACUCAUGCUAAUACUGAUACUAUUGUCAAUUCAUGCUAGUGAUGUUUAUCCAUAGACGGCUAAGAGAUGGAGCUGAGGCAUGUUUUAAGUCUCUUAACAAACCAUUACAUCAUGCCUGUCCAUCAAUCAGGUCAGCCUAACUCUGCGUAACUCAAACCGUUCAUAAAAUCAAAAUGGAUGAGUUAUCAGAAAAUUCACCUCCUGUACAGUGUGUGCUGAUGAAGACAAUAACUAAUCAGACCAAAAUUGCUUUAUGUAUCAGGCUGUAAACAUAUUAAUUUAUGCUGUAAAAACAGACACAGGGUGUGUAUGUGACUGUCGGGUCUCUUGGAGCCAACCUCAAGGGGACACUCCAUGAACUGCAGUUUUUUUGCACUUCUGCAUUGGCUUCGAUUUUCAACAACCGGAGGUCGCUGAUUGUGUUUAUCUUGCUAGAGUGGCAGUCUGGUUGCCUUGGUAAUAAUUACUUGAGACUAAUAACCACACCCCCAAUCUCUGUUUAAGAGAAAGUGUACUGUUAAACAGAAAGAAAAACUAAAUGGAGGAGGCACUUAAGUUACAUUUUUUUCCCUCCCACUCCUGGUAAUUUCACAUUUUUGUUAUCACAGAAAUCGGGACACUUGCCAAUUUUCAUGUAGUUUGCAUUUGAGAUGUUCCCUGCUAGCUGGGUAUUUGCAUAACUGCAUCUUUUCAAAUAAACCCAAUUAAAAAUGUGUCAAUAAAUAAAAUAAAUAAAUAGAUAAAUGUUGGUAGAUUAUUUUACGUCCAUAUUUAAAUUUCAGAAGUGCAAAAAUAUACUGUAUUGUCAUUUUAAAUUUCAGCAACAUGUUUCUAGAAAGUAGUUCCAGGGUUAUAUUUUUCAUUCUGUGUCAUCAUCUCUUCUUUUACCAACAUACUGUAAAUGUUAUUGAACCCGGUCGACCAGUUUCUGGAGUUGAGAAAGUAAAAUGUGGUCUAAUUCUUGCCUGAUAUAAGUAUUCAGCUGCUCAACAGCUCAAAGUUCCUAACAGUUCCUAUUUUUUGUGUCAUGAUGCUUCAGAAUGUUUUCAAUGGCUCACAAGUCAGGACUGUUCUACUAUGGAGCCAUGCUGCCGUCAUCCCUGCAGCAUGUGGUUUGUCUUUGUCUUGCUGAAAUAUGAAGGUCAGAUGUUGCUCCUAAACCUGGAUUGUUCAGUAUUAAUGGAGCAGGGUGGUCCCUCUACUCUUUGGAGAGGAGGAUGCAGUGUCCAAGAUUUCCCAAGAGAAUGUCCUUGCCCCUCUUAACAUAUAGUUUAUUUUUGCAUGGUUCAGUCUUUAUCUGUAUUUAAGGAUGUAGAAACCAAUCAUGUUCAAUAACUGUGAUUUUGAAGUCAUAUUGAUCCCACACACUGAUGCCCACUACUGAGUCCUAUCCGUUUUUAAUGCAGUGCUGCCUGAAAAAAAUUAGAAAAUGUUUUUCAUAUAACAAAAUGUUUUUGGUUUUAAUAUUUGUUAUGUUUUUUUCAGCUCAAAUUGUAAUAGAAUGAAGGCUUUUAAUGAUUUGCAAGCCAUCAGAUUUUGUUUAUAUUUGCAUUUAUCAUUGAUCCAAUAAUUACCAAAAAACAAUAAAACUCUUUUGCCAAUGCCAGUAUUUUUUCUUCUCCUCGCCAAAUUUUCAUCAAGGUAAACCCUCAAUAACUGAAAGUCAGGGUUUCAUAUUAUGACUUAUUUGAUGAUUCUCUGGCUGGUGGUUACCUGUAAGUAUUUUUUCCUGCAUGUUGGUGUGAUAUCAACAUAGGAAAUCUGGGGGACAAGCUCUUUUUUCUAUGUCAACAACAGUAACCAGGUUUGUAAUCAUCCGUUUUUACAAGUGUUUGAUUCCUCACCAUCUUAGUGUUUAUUGUCUGGACUGCAAAAUGUUCAGAAACCUGGAUUAGGAGUCUGCAUUCCUUUGUUGACUCCAGGUAGCAUAUCCAGAAUACCUGCAGUCUGAUUACAACCACAUUACUCCAGAGUGUGAAAACACAAAUGCUCCGUUUGCUGUGCAUAUUUCUUCAGUGUUCUGCAGAGAUUUCAGUAUCAGCAGGUGAAAUAUUCAGUGAGCUGAAGGAGCUAGAGAAAAAACUUAAUCCUGGACUCUGUAAAUAAUAACCAUUCUCCUACUGUAACGUUGUCAUUUAAGUAUUAUAAGAAAUCUUUAAACUCUUAGUGGAUAAUGAAAACAAACUUGUUUAUACAGAUUUAUAAAAUCACAGAGAUACAGAAAGCUUCACAUGGACGAACAAGAAAUGGGGGGAAGUUAUUUGGACCAAACAUGAGAAACAAAAAUCUGAGGGGGAGAUUUACUGUCACUGACUUUAUUCUUUAAAUGCAAAAUAAAAAAUGCUCAGCUAGUGCAUCUUUCUAACAUUAAUAUAGAUCAUGUUGCAAUAUUACAAAUGACACUUACAAACAAGUCUGGUGCAAAACACCUCCUGCCAAAAGAAAAGAAAGGUAUGUUGUUUGAUACUGUGAUUGUUGUUGUACAUUUGCACAGAAUCCCUCACAUAUAAAGUGAAGUCCUGUCUCAGUGCAAGCUGAAACCUCUAGAGUCAAAAAAUGAAGCAAAUGUAGAGAUGAAAUUGAGUGUCUAUUUGAGGGUGUCCACAUAAGCAAAAAGAAAACUCACCAGAUCUUGUGUAAAACUGUUAAAAGUAAAGUCGAGUUAGUAAUUUUAUCAUGGAGACUGUCAUUGUUGGGAUGUAACAUGUCUCUCAAGGGACCCAUGGUUGACGUCACUGAGACUUCAUUCAUUUUUUUUCUGGUAACCAUUUGUUUCUGGCACCAAGGACAGUAUUUAGUGCAAGAAAUGAGGAAAGAGUGGGGUAGUGACAUGUGGGAAAAUUCCCACAGGCUGAAAAAAAAAACCCAUACUGACCACGGGAGGUAUAUGAGGGACACGCACAGACCACCAGGCUACGUUUAUACAGUCUGUGUUUCAGUUGUAAUAUGGUUACAUUGACUGCGAUGAUAUGUUGGGGUUGCUUAGAGUAAUGUGGAGCUGGAGUUGACUCCAUGUCAUGUGUCAUAACAACUCAAAUUGUAGAAUUAAAGUGAACUAUCUGCGCCAAAGAAAAGACCUUAUGAAAAGUCAAAGUUUCACCUUUAUAAUACAGUCUAUCAUUCAGUCUUCUUGAAUGGAAGUGAUUGUCAACAAAUGUUUUUGGAUUUCUGGGGACUGAAACUUUUUAAGAGUAGAUUGUACAGAUGCAAAGACUUUGCAUGACAUACUUAAGUAGUUCCUCAGGAAAUGGAUGAGGUGAAAACCAGCGUUAUCUUUCUGAUAUGUUUUAUUCACCGCAGAAGUUUCAGAUGCAUUUCUUGUGAUGAGCUGGUGCUGUCAACAUGAUGUUAAGGCCAAUAUGUGAAUAGAGAGAUUUGUUCCUCUUAUUGGACUAAUCUGAAUUAGUGAUUGUGCAGCUUUACAAACUUGUGAUGUUAUUACUGCCUUAUUAACAGGAGGAUCGGUUUUCCAUUGAAGUAAAACUCCAGAUAGCCAGCAAGAACACUGGUCCUGAUUUUGAGAGUGAUUAUAUUAUGUUCGGUAUGAAAUAGUGAACCAAAAUUAAUAAAAAAGCUUUUUGUUCUAGAGAGGGACUUUAAGGAUGUUGAAAAAUCAGCUGCUCCAGAUCUUCAGGCGGGGAUUUUCAAAGUUGAGGAGUCCUGAUUUAAAAACCUAGGUCUUGAUCCUGAACCACUCUAACCAGUGGGAACACUCUGUUCCAGUGUGAUCUGCUGGUCUGAACGCUGGGGUGGCAGCGUUUGUGACAGAAACCAGCUCAGAAGCUUAUCUGAAGAGAGAUGUGAUCAGGUCCUCCAGGCAGACUGAGCUGAACACUGAGCUCUGUUUAUUCACAUCUGACCUUUAACACAUUUACAGAUCCUAGAACCCAGAGAACAUUAUCCAUGGCUGUGUAUCAGGACAGCUCAGUUUGUAAAGAGGAGACCCAAAACGUUGUUUCAGACUCACUGUGUCAGCUCUGUGUGUCUGAUUUCCUGACAGUGUGAUGAUAUUUAUCCCACACCUCAGCUCUUUGUCUGAUUGUGUUUUGACACCGCCUCUGUGCCAGCUGUUUCAUCCAGACAGGAUGCAGUAAAACAAACUUCCUGAAUCUGGUUUUAGUGGAAAUGAGGGCGAGUAUGCUUUACUCCGUGCACUCUGUUUCUCUGCAGCUCAAUAUAGAUCACACUCCAAAUGUUGGAUGAUCCUCAUGUCUAUGAAUGUGAGACUACUGAUACAAAGUAAUGCACCGCUGACCAAUACAACAACACUCCAUCGCACCUUUAUUUUCAUAUUUUAUCCAUAACAACAAUGUAAACAAUGAAAUGUUCCCCUGUAUUGACAGUUUAAACAAGAAUCCCUGUAUUCUCAAAUUAAUCUUAAAACCAAUUUGAUCAUCUUGUAACUUGUAACAACUCUUUGGUUGCAGCCUGAUAGCAGUGUGUGUGGUUGUGUUUGUUUUCUUGGUGUGUGUAUUCUUCUCUACUUAAGUCUUCUUCCUCUCCUGCAGAGACUUCCUUCCUCGGGGUUCAGGAAUCGUAACACGCAGACCACUCAUCCUCCAGCUGCUCAGUGCUGACGCGGGUAGGUUGGACUCACUCAUGCUCAGAGACACCGUCUGUGUUUGUGUUCAGAGCUGCCAGCAGGUGGCAGUGUGAGAUAUUAGAACAUUUUAGCCUGCCCAGCACUGGGAAGGGCUUGGUAUCUUGUGACUAUGAAUUUUAUAAGAGUGCUUUUGAGGACAGGGGAGUGCUUCAUUUUUAAGUUUUAAUAAAGGUUGACAGGAUCAUUUAGCUAUGUAAAAAAAAUUUGUAACAUCCGCUUCAGCUCUCUCUUUUCAGCCUCUAUCUGGUGAGUCAUCGACAGCUCUUUUUUAAGAGGCAGCAUAAGGUCAUGAGGUUACACAUGAGAUCUUGUUUCCAAGCUCUGCCUAAAACUUUUUUUUUUGUUCAAGCUUUAAUUCUUUUCCAGACACCACAGACUUGUAGAUAAUCAGAACCAGAAUAAAAAGUUCUUUAAUUAUUGUGAGGUGAAGUUGAAUCCAAAGGUAGACUUUAGGAAUAUUGACUGAAAUAGGAAUAAGAUAGCAUAAAAAAGUAAGCAAAAAAAUAAAUAAAAAAUAAAGAAUUAAGCAUGCACAGAGCAUUAAAGCCAUGUGGAGAAAGUACAGAAACUUCAGAAAUAAAGCUGUGCUCAAAAAGAAAAGUAUCUAAAACUCUUGUGAAAGUUUUAAGCAGGUUGAUGCACUGUGUUAAAAUUUCCUCAUGAGAUAGUCACAGUAAAUGAUCCAUUUGAGUGUCAACAUUUAGCAGGAUGACAUUUUUGUAAAAAAAAUAAAUAAAAGACGCCAUUUAAGGGUGUAGAGCAGUGGUUCUCAAGUCCAGUCCUCGAGGCCCACUGUCCUGCAUGUUUUGAAUGUUUCCCUGCUCCAACACACCUGAUUGAAAUGAUCAGCUCGUUAUCAAGCUCUGUAGUGGCUUAAUAACGAGCUGAUCAUUUGAAUCAGGUGUGUUGGAGCAGGGAAACAUCCAAAACAUGCAGGACAAGUUAUAAAAUGUGUUCUGGUGUAUUAUACAGUAUAGAGCUGUAGAAAUGAUGCAUAAGUAAGGCAAAGCAAGGCAAAUGAAUUUAUACAACACAUUUCAGCAACAUGGCAUAAAUGGUGUAUUAACAGGAAAUGAAAAAGGUCAGAAAAAGACAUUGGAAGGAAAACUUUUAAAGUCUUUCAGAGAUUAAAUUAAAAAUUAAUUAAAAGAAGCCAUAAAAAAUCAGAGCAAAGAUUAAAGAAACAGCAAAUACAAAGGUUAACUUGCAGUAUGUCAGUUUUAUAUACAGCAUCAAACUUUAAGUACAGUACAGUGUUGAAGAAGAAUUAGAAUAGAUUUACAGAUGACUUAUUUAAGGGAUGGUGUUAACAGGUUAGUCUUCAACUGGUGGAGAUGGACAGUUUCAGCAGACCUGACAUUUUCUAGCAGUUUAUCUUUGAUUUUUGAAGCAUACAGACUUUCUUUAAUACACUGUACACUUGUUGAUCAUCCCAAGAUCCCCUUGUUUAUCUAUUUUCAAUGAUUGUUUCUUGUCCUCAGAGUAUGGUGAGUUCCUGCACUGUAAGGAGAAGAAGUUUACAGAUUUUGAUGAGAUCCAACAGGAGAUUGAGGCUGAGACUCAUAGACUGACGGGAUCCAACAAAGGAAUCUCACCUGUCCCCAUCCACCUGCGCAUUCAUUCCCCUCAUGGUAACAUUAAGUACAAAUAACACCCAGUCUGCACGUGGAAACAUUAUAUAACAAGUAUUCUUCUCACAGUGAAUUUAGAUUACAUGAGUCCACUCAGCCAACUCUCUCUUACACUAAGAACAUCCCUCUCUGUCCCCCUCUGUCCUCUUCAGUGCUGAACCUGACUCUGGUGGACCUGCCGGGCAUCACAAAGGUUCCUGUUGGUGAUCAACCCUCAGACAUUGAGUAUCAGAUCAGAGACAUGAUCAUGCAGUUCAUCUGUAAGGAGCACUGUCUCAUCCUAGCGGUCACACCUGCAAACAUGGACCUCGCCAACUCUGAUGCUCUCAAACUGGCCAAAGACGUGGACCCUCAGGGUGGGAGGAAUCUCUAUCUUAUUAUUACAUUAAAGGGUUAAUAAAUUAUUCAUAUUCAGUGUUAAAAAAGUUUUCUUCUUCCUGUAGGUCUGCGCACCAUUGGUGUGAUCACAAAGCUGGAUCUGAUGGAUGCAGGGACAGACGCCAGGGUGAUCCUGGAGAACAAGCUGCUUCCUCUGCGCAGAGGUGAGUGGCUUAUGGGCGUGUGAGACGAUGUGUGUGAGAAUGUGUGUUUACAAACCAUCAGACUAUCAGCCACAGGAGGAGAGAGGACAGCAGGGACAGGAGCAGGAGAAGGCAGGUGUGUGUAUCUGUGUGUGACUGAAAAGCAGAGGGACAGAAUGAGCACAAAGAGAGAGAGGCUGUAGAGAUCACAAGUGCUAACAAGCUAAUGACUGUUGGGCUAGAAAGUAAAAGACAAAUGAUUAAAUGAAGCCCAAGUCUUGACAUUAUAGAGGAUGUUAUAUUUAAAAGCUGAAAAGACUGAAUGAUUUGUUUGAACUACAGCCUGUGAUAAAAGGAAAGUGGUAAAAAAGCUCAAAUCUUUCAAUUUUUAUGACUCAGCAUAAAAACGUUGAACUGAUAUAGUGAGUGUUAUUACCAAAAUUAGGCUAAAUCUCUUAAAGUGAAGCAAAUAAUUGAUGCAUGAUUCAUUUCAAUUGAACAUGUGACUUUUAACAAACUUUAUAUCAACCAGUCAGACAGACUGACAGACAGAUAGAUUGAUGCUUAAGACAACAAAAGUCAACAAAAAAUGGUUGGAUUAAAUUUUUUUACCACGUCUUUUUCAAAGACUUAAGAGUUUAUAAGUUACAGAUGUCAAAUCAUGGGUAAUCAUUUUUAUUAAUCAUGGUAUCAUUUUUAGUCAAAAUUAUAAUAAUAAUAAUGAUUAUUUUGUUUAAAGGGGGACUUUCAAAAGUCUUCACUAAAUUUAACAUUACACAAACUGAAAACGUCUAAAAUCUUAUACAAGUUAGUAAAAAUCUCAGUGUGUUCUUUUUUACAGAGUGAGACUCUGUCUUUGCGUUUACCAUCUUUGCGGCACACAGCGUGAAUGUAAUCUGACACUGAAACACAGAGUCUGCAUCACUUACAACAAAACACUGAAAACUCCUAGGAAAACUUCAGAAUUGCAGUUUUGUUCAUACUUGAUGUGCACAGAGUAGUAAUGCAUGUGGUAGAACUGCUGUUUGUUGAGCUCAUGGUCUACACCAGAGCGCUCAGAUCUACAUGUCAUGGUAAAAAAAAAAGGAAGAAAAAAGUAAUUUUCACACAUGCAGUCCAGCCUGAUAAAGCCUGGACAUUUUUAGGAGCCGCUCAGCGUUGAUUCAAAUAUCAUACAGAUUUUAAGAGUAAAUGUGUAAAAUCAGUCAAACACCAGAAAUACGUCUCAGAGUGUGAGGGCAGUCCGCGGUGUCAGUCUGAGUGAAGCUGCACCUGGUGCCUCCUUCAUGCUCCUCCUGCAGUUAUAAUUCAUUAUGCACGGAGACACAGUGAAAGAACUGCAGCUCAGAGUCCAAGCUUUAGACAUGGAGCCUAAUGCUCUCACAUCUUUGACUGAACCAAAUGCAGGAUCACUUUCUGUCUGUAAGCUACAGUGUGACGGCAGUCUGGAGGAGAUCCAGAGACACGUCAGAGAGUUCCAUCUGACAUCCCAGUGUUUAUCGUCUUCCGCUCAGAGAUCACACUCUUCCUCCCUCAGGUUACAUUGGGGUGGUGAACCGCAGUCAGAAGGACAUCGAUGGGAAGAAGGACAUUAAAGCCGCUUUGCUGGCUGAGCAGAAGUUCUUCCUGUCACACCCGGCCUACAGGCACAUGGCCGACCGCAUGGGCACCCCUUACCUACAGAGAGUGCUCAACCAGGUUAACACACUCACACACACAUAGUGGCAGAAAGAAGGUCAUGCAGAGUGUGUGUGUGUGUGUGUGUGUUUAUUCACACUGAUUAUGUUUGUUUGCAGCAACUCACAAACCACAUCAGAGACACUCUGCCUGCUGUACGCAGUCUUCUACAAGAUCAGCUGCUUGCCCUGAACAAAGAGGCCGAAGAGUACCGGCAGUUCAAUCCUGAAGACCUGGCACGCAGGACCAAGACCUUGCUGCAGUCAGUCCUCCUGCAUGUGUGUUUGUGUGUGUUUACUGUCUUUAAAUGACUCAUACCUCACUGUGUGUUGUGUGUGUUUGUGCUGCUGUGUCUCAGGCUGGUUCAGCGUCUGUCUGUAGACUUUGAGAAGCUGAUUGAAGGGACAGGAGAUGACGUGGAAACCGUCAGUCUGUCAGCAGGCGCAAGAAUCAACCGGAUCUUCCACGAACGCUUCCCCUAUGAACUGAUCAAGGUGAGAGUGUGUCUUGUUGGGUCCAUUGUCACAGGAUGCUGUUAAUUUUGACAGCUAUUUUGGAAUGACAUUUUUUAGUGUAGUUAUUAAAAAGUCUUCUGAUUUUAGCCUUUCCUUCCAGUCCAAGCUUUAAUUUAUAAUUCAGAACAUGGUUUUAAGGUUGUACCAAGUGAUCAAAUCUGCAUUGUUUUCUCUCUGAACACUUAAACUUGUCUGGUAUCUGGAUUCCUUACACCAUGGAAUAGUUUAGGUUAAAUUCUCCCACAAUGCAAUGCUGCUGAGAAAAUGAACCUCUAUGUGCAUAUGUAACUCUGAUUCUGUUUCUUUAGAUGGAGUCAGACGAAAAGAAGCUGCGACGAGAGAUAAACUACGCCAUCAGAAACAUUCAUGGAGUCAGGUAUAGUUUUUAGUUCAUUAAAAGUCUUUUUUAAAAUGUUUUUUACAUACAGACUUCACCUAGUUUGUUACUAGGACCUCUGUCUGUUUCCUCCUAGCCAUUUUUAGAGGACAAUUGGAGGUUUAUAGUUGAUUUUAAGCUCCUUUGAAAGUUUACUCACAAUAUGAUGUCCUUGGUGGCAAAGUGUUUGAUGAACAUUGACUCUUAUAUGUAUGUGUGUGUGGAUGUGUACGUUGGCUUCAUAACCCUAAUAAAUAUUAAAAGAUGUGAGGCAAUCCAAAAGGUGGAAAAAAACAAGAUUUACUAAACACAAAACUAAUAUAAAAAAAAAAAAAGUUGAAAAAACUGUGAAAACACACAGAGCCAAAUCUAAAUUAUGAUGACGCCAUAAAAAGAUGUCAUUAUUUGGUCGCAUUACCAAACAGAGGUAUGUAAUCAACUGAAACACCUCAUUAAUAUGUUUCCACGAUUUGGCUCCCACACUUGUCUUAUUUAUGUCCGCUGUGUCUCUUCCUGUCUGCCUCUGCAGGACGGGUCUGUUCACUCCUAACAUGGCGUUUGAAGCCAUCGUGAAGAAACAGAUCUCCAGGUUAAAGGGGCCAUGUUUCAAAUUUGUGGACAUGGUCGGUCAGGAGCUAACCAGCACAGUGUACCAGUGUAUCAACAAGGUAUGGAAAGUUUGUCUAGUCUGAUUUUGUGAAAUAAAUUUUAGCAUACCCUCUAUUUGACCUCUGACCUCUCUCCUGUCUGCAGCUCAGCUCAUUUCCUAAACUGCGAGAUGAGACAGAGAGGAUUGUGACUACAGAGAUAAGACAGCAGGAGAGCAGAUGCAGAGACCAGGUCUUACACACACUGAGUUUAUUUCACUGCUCCUGUGCGUGUGUGUGUGUGUGUGUGUGUGUGUGUGUGUGUGUGUGUGUGUGUGUGUGUGUGUGUGUGUGUGUGUGUGUCUGCUGUUCUUAUUUAAGUGUGUGUGUGGGUGUGUGUUCAGGUGCUGCUGCUCAUCGACAUACAGCUGGCCUACGUCAACACCAAACAUGAAGACUUCAUUGGCUUUACAAAGUGAGUAACGCUACAUUUAAACGCUGCUCUCAUGGCUCUUUUUCAGAGUUUGGAGGAGAGAGUUUUUGUUUUAUUUUUACUUAUUUGAGCAGAUCUAUGAACAAAAACAUUUACAGCCAAUAGCAAUGUUUAAAAAAUAAGCUUUAACUUAAAAAAGGAUGUCUCCAUAUUCUUGAAGUGGGAUAAUAUGAGCUACCUGUAACUAGUAGUUGUGAUAACCCCGAUGGAUGCUGGUCAGCUCUGCCUUUUUCAUGAGAAACUGUCAGGAGAACCAGCAAACUAUCUGGAUCAACUUUUUAAGCAAAUUUUGAGAGACUUUGACCCAAACACACUCUGCAUGCAGCACAAUCAGCAGAUUUUUUAAAAUCUCCCUUUGAGCAGCUUACAGUGUAUUUUGUUAAGGUAAAACCAACAACUCUGUUCCAGUUUAACUCCCAAAAUGUAGAUUCCCUCAGCGUAAUGACAUAAACUCUUUCUGUCUUAGUGCUCAGAGGACAAACAACCAAAACAACCAGAAGACUGCCCCAGGCUCAACAGGAAACCAGGUGAGACUUUCAUUCAGUUUUAUUGCCAAACAUCAACAAACACUGAUCAGAGAUCUGAUUAUUGUGGAUUUAUCCUGAAUUCUGGAUUUUCUGAGUAACCCUUUAAUCACAUUUAAUGACACAUUCGGAUGAAUGGAGUGGGUAAUAAACCUAAACUGAAAUAAGAGGGAUUUCAGAAAAUCGACAGUUGUGAUGAUACUUUUCAUUUUGAGGUAUUCAUACUAAUGUUUAUUGUGCAUGCAUCAUAGAUGAGUGUGUUUCUCUUUAAUUAUUCUUAAUGGAGGUCAUAUGUUUUGAGGAGAAACUUUUCUUGCUUUGUUUUUCUGCAGAGUGUGUGGUUGUUAGUUAGAUUUUCUCCAUCUUUUUCACAUUUUGUUUUGUUUUGUUCCCUGAUGUCACCCUCCAUGUGUUUCCCAUUCAUCAGCAUUAAUCAGCACUGAGAGCUGCUGAUAAAAGUGAUUAACUGUCCAAAAAUCUUACCACAGCUGAUCUUGGCUUUAACAGAAAUACUCUGGGUUGAUCCAGAUUAAUGUGUAAGAUGAUAUUAAUGUGGAAAAAUCAAAGACACAGUGUUGUGUGUGUGUGUGUCUGUGUUUAAUCAGGAACAUUGAUAAAAUGUGGUAAACAGCAGCUCAUUAAAACAACUCUUGUGUCAGAUAUCUAUUCCCUCAUGUUGUUUUUAAUCAUUAAAUCAUGAUUAUCAGUGGGAUAAUAUAAACUGAUGAAAGUGUUUCUCCAUUAUCUCCUUUUUUCUGCAGGGUGUGAUUCCUCUCUCCAGCCUGAUAGUAGGAGCUCAGUCUGUUUAGCUCUCUCUCUCUCUCUGCUUUCCCUGCUGUAAAUGUUUCUGUGCAGGACUCAGGCAGAAAAUAUGCACACUGUCUGAUUAUUGUCUCAAUGAUUUUCUGCAGCUGAUCCUCCGCUGAUCUUUGACUAUUUAUCUGUCUUUCACAAACUGAAGGAUUUCUCUCUCUCAAAUCAGUCUCUUUUUACUUUUCCCAGAUGCAUGAAAGUCUGCAGAUGUUGAUUCUUUUCUUGGGGGAUGCAUUCUUUAAAUCAUAUUUGUUAUCUUGUACUUUCUUAUUUUAUAAACCUAAAGCCUCUCCUAUCUUAUUCUAUGUUUGAUUAUGUUUGUUUCUCUUCUUGGAUCCCGUCUAUCCUCUACAGAGGAAUGCUCGCUGAUCUCAUGGCUGCAUUUUCUGCUUGCAAAAAUCUCCUUUUCCUUUAGUGUCAGCUGUUCCUGAUGUGUCCUCUUCUGUGAAUCAUCCAUCUUCUCUUUGAUUGUGUUCCUUGUUCUGUAGAGUUUCAUUACACAAACUUAUCACACAUAAACUGUCCUCUCCUGUCGCGCAGGUGAUUCGCAAAGGCUGGCUGACCAUCAGUAACAUCGGCAUCAUGAAGGGCGGAGCCAAAGAGUACUGGUUCAUCUUGACUGCAGAGAGUUUGUGCUGGUACAAAGACGAUGAGGUGAGGUGAUCACACUCACAGACCUGUAGUCUCAGAGUUCAUGCUCAAAACAAUAUGAUCAGAAAUGCACAGAAACUAGUUUUAAGCUUCAAAAACCAACAGAGGUCAUGAUAAUAAUAGCUUCAUUUUUAUAGCCCCUUUAAAAACAGAGGUUUACUAAGAGCUUUGACAAAUGGUCAUAAAGCACAGAAUGUUGGCACAUGGAAAUAAAAACAAAAAAGCUCAGUUGAAACAAGGCUUUAGAAUUGAAGGCCAGACAAUACAGGAACCCUGCAACAUAGAAUGAGACCAUGAGGACCAAAAUAAAAACAUCAACAAGUAUGUAAUUAUAACAAAAAAAGACAGUAAAGCUGAAAAAAAAACAGAAAUAAAAGAGAUAAAAGAUUAAGAAAGAUUAAAGAUGAUGAGAAACAGGCUCUUUCAAAUAUCAUUAGUAAGUAAGUAAACUUUAUUUGUAUAGCACUUUUCCCAGACAAAAGAGUCACAAAGUGCUUCACAUAGACAAAAAUAAAAAUGUACAUACAAAUUAAAAGGCCAAGACAACAUUAAACAGUCAUAGCAGCCCCAAAAACAAUUAAGCAAAAGCCUGAGCAAAUAAAUAAGUUUUGAGUUGGCUUUUACAGGCGUCAACAGAGUCAAUUAAGAGCAGAGAGAGAGGAAGAUCAUUCCAAAGCCUGGGGGCAACAGUCUGGAAGGAUCGGUCUCCUCUGAUCCGAAAACGAGUGACCGGAACCAUCAGCAGAUUCUGAUCCAUGAACCUCAGAGCCCAAGAGGGGUUGUAAGGCUGGAUCAGAUGACAAAUAUAAGAUGGAGCCUGACCAUGCAAGGCUCUAAAUGUUAGGACAAGAAUUUUUAAAUUGAUCCUAGAGGACACAGGCAGCCAGUGUAGGCCUUUAAGAAUAGGGGAUAUGUGAGUCCGCCUGUUAGCGCAGGUUAGAAUUCUAGCUGCAGAGUUUAGCACUUACUGAAGACGAGACAGCUCCUUUUUGUUCAGGCAUGAAAACAAACUGUUACAGUAGUCUUAACGUGACGACACAAAGGCAUGAAUGAUGAGCUCCAAGUCAUUUUGGGACACCAUUUUCCUGAGCUGAGAGAUUUUCCUCAGUUGAAAGAAGCAGUUUCUCGUCAAAUCUUUCCUCUAAGGACAUGUCUUUGUCAAAGAUGACACCCAAGUUUCUUAAGCUAGGUUUAGCUGACUGGCCUAUGUCACCCAAGUACUGUUUAAUCCCUGGAACUGAAUAAUCAGGGGCAAUAACCAGUGUUUCUGUUUUGUCUGCAUUUAGCUGCAAAGAGUUUUCACUCUGCGUCUGAAAUAAUGAUAUUUUGAUACACCAGAGUGAGAAACAGGAGGCUUUUUUUUUAUCUGAAAACCAUGUUAAGUUAUAAAAGAGGAAUCAGAGAGGAAGAAUAGAGUCCACAAAAAUGUAUAAUACCACCUUUUCAAAGUAAGGCUUUUCAUUUGACUAUCUCUAGACGAAAGCGAUUUAGAGAAAAAUAACCAAAAUGUAUCUUGCGAUAAAAUCAUUUCCAUUUAAAGACUAAGGCCAAGUCCACACAGAGGCAGAUGGGUUGUAAGCAGAGGUUUUCCAUCUGCACUGUCCACACGGCAUUACACACAUGGUUGAAAACACUCACAUGAGCAUGCCAGACCAGUAGGUGUGUUAAUGAGCCAUCAGUCUGUUACAUCAAACUCCAAAGAAAACAGUUUUGCACAUAUAGAGUGGAAAAGUUUAAAAACUAUUGAGCUUAAUAUAUUUAUUUGCUCUCUUACCACAAUACACUGAUGAUGAACAGCACGUUUACAAAUGCAAAUACAUCGAGAAUCAAUCAGAAGUAUUCUGCUUGCCCACCAUCUUGGUGUGUGUGUGUGUGUGUGUGUGUGUGUGUGUGUGUGUGUGUGUGUGUGUGUGUGUGUGUGUGUGUGUGUGUGUGUGUGUGUGUGUGUGCAGCAACUUUACUCAACAGUGAUUGUGUGUUGAGGUUGGUUGUCAGAAUUUUCUUUAACUUUCAUUUUCACGGAAACCCAUAGAGAGAGAGAACAGAGAUUUAAAAACCUCCAUCUUGGAAAGCAAUUUAAAUUUUUUUACUGACCUGAUGUCUGUUUGUGUGUGUAUUAGAGAUACAUGAUAUUAUUGGCAUGAUAUCAGUAUCUGCAGAUAAUAGCAAAAAAAAAGUGAAUAAUGGGCAUUAGCACUUACGAAAACUUCUACUCAUAUAAUUAUCUGCCAAAAGGUGUUGCAUUCCUGUCUUUUGCACACGUUAACAGCUUGCAUAAGUUGGCUGUACAGAAAUGUUUUGAAGUGUUGUAAACAAACAGCAGAUUUAUUACUGACUGUCUAUGUUAAAAAUAAUAAUAAUGUAUUUAUCAUCCAUGGUAGAAUCAAAUGCUGUUUGUCUUAUUUAUCUAGUUCUAUAACAAUAGUCUGUAAUGAUGAGGAGAAAAUGUGUUUUUACAACGACAAAUAAAAGUGUGCAGAUAUUGGAAUUGAUAUCUAUAUUGGCUAAAGUGAGUCUGAAAAUGUUGGCAUAUUGGAUAUUGUCAAAAAUCCAAUAUUGUAUCCCUGGUGUGUACAAAGGGCCAAAAUGUACAGACAAAGCAAUAUUAAAAAAACUGAACAUUGCAACAAAUCAGUACGCACAGAUCAGAGUUCUGAAAACAUUAAAUUACUAUACUCUGAUGGUGAAGUAUGUCCAGAAAUAAACCAAGACUUCUCAGAAACUUUGCACUUGAUGUGUGAGAGCUCUGCAAAAAGAAAAGAUCACACUGACAUUUAUCAAAAAAACUUUAUUAACUUUAUGAAUAAGAACAGAGUCAAGUCAGACACAGAGAUUGUUGGAGUAGACUCAGCUUUAUUAACAGAAGUCUCAGCCUCACACAGCAGGUUAAAAUGAAGAUGACGGUCAUUGUGUGUGUCUGUGUGUUUUCUGGUGUCAGUGGGGCUGCCAUCUGUCUGCCUGUCUGUGCCUGCUGUACAGGAGCAGAAGGUCUGCACAGCAAGUGUAGACAGGCAGACACACCACAACAGUCUCAUCCCGUCACAGCUGGGGUCAUGAACCAGGACAGGAAGUGAUGUCACAGGAGGGGGAAACACGCCACAGUAUCAGCUGUAGAUUCAAAGAGCAGCUGAUUUUAAGUUGGUUAUAAUAAUAAUAAUAAUAAUUCAUUUUAUUUGUACAGCGCUUCUAAAAACACUCAAAGACGCUUUACAUGGUACGUAAAAUUCAAGAUAAUAAGACAAAGACAUAAAAACAGUAAGAUGGACGAAACAGUUAAAUAUUAAAAGCAAUUUUAAAUAAGUGAGUUUUUAAAAGGGAUUUAAAAGUAGUGGGGUCAGGGCAGUGUCUGAUGGAGGGAGGUAGCGAGUUCCAAAGGGUAGGGGCAGCUGUGGAGAAUGCCCGAUCCCCCCAAGUUCGGUUAUAUUUCACAGACACGUGGAGUGGGCAAUUCGUUGAGAUGAUUUGCUGUUCUUAGUGAGUGCUCUGAAAAGACUCAAAACCUUGAUAAUAUAAUGAUAAUAAUGAGGACAAAUGAACCAAUUAAUUAAUUCAGGGUGGAAACUAAAACUAAGAAACUUUAAUGGAGGUUUUUUUUCAGCAUCUACAACCCCAUCUCCCCAUCUCUCUCUCUCUCUCUCUCUCUCUGAACAGCUUAAGGUUUUCUUUCCUCUCCUGCUACCUGGACCUGAACUCAGCACCCCCCUCCCUCAUUCCUCUAACCCCCCUCCCCAAUUGGUCCUGCUUUGCUCUGCGCUCACUCUCCCCCUUUACUCCCCCUCUGCUCCCCCUUUUCUUCCUCUUCUGGGAGUUGAGGCAUUUGGAGCGGCUCACUCUGACACAGCUGGAGCCACACCAAGCCAAACUUACACACACACACACACACACACACACACACACACACACACACACACACACACACACACACACACACACACACACACACACACACACACACACACACUUAAACUUUCUCACACACACACACAGAGUGGGACAGACUUGUGUAUACAGUGUACAGUACAAAUGCAGAGUCAGAUGUAAACAAACAGUGGAGACAAAUAUACACUGACACACACACACAUGCACACACACACACACACACACACACUCUGCACAUAUACACUGCACAGUUUGAACACAGUGUUCCCACACACAGCCCCGGGCAUAUACACACAUUGUUAUAGUUGAACAAAUCAGAUCUAACACUCACACACUUAUACUCUACACAUGUGAUGAAUGACACACACACACACACACACACACACACACACACACACACACACACACACACACACACACACACACACACACAGACGUGUAAAUACUGUUCACCCACAUCAGAGCGAUACACUCAGAUCACAGUGACUCACAAACAUUUCACAACAACAAUCACAGCCUAAAAGACUUGUCCGGGUUUAACCCUUUCACCACUUUGUUUCAGAGUUUAUCAGCUGAUGGAGGCCUGAGCAUGGAGUCAGUGAGCCUUGUAAUCACAGGAGAUCAGAUCUGCUGCAUCUCAAUUAUUGUGACACACACACACACUCACUAACCAAACUUCUUUUCUCUUCUCUUCUCUUUUUUCCCGCUCUCUCCCUCUCUCCUCCCAAACUGGCUCCACAGACACUUUUUUUUCUUUUUCUGCCCCCUUUCAUUUUAUUCCUUUUUCUUUAACUCUUUUGCUUCCCCCCCCUUCCCCUCCUCCCUCCCCCCUCUCUCUCUCCCCCUCUCUGCGGUUGGCAGUCUCCCUGGGACUCUGCACAUUCCUGGCUGGAAAAUCUGAAGCUUUGUCCAAACACCAGCUUCCAAGAUCUGCCCAGAGAAAUCCCACAUGGCUGUUUCUACACUGCAGACCUCCCCCUCUGACUCCCCCUCCUCCCUCACAAAUACUCCCAGUUCCAGCCUCUCCUCUCCAUCCCUGUGAAGACACACUCUUCACUCUCCUGUAUUUCACCAUCUUUGAGCUUGUUUGCUGCGUCUCAUCUCUGCUUACGCUGACCUCUCUCUAAGGGAGCAGAAUAACAGUUAAGAGUUUAACGUCCACAGCACACUGAGCAGACAUACAUUCCUGCAGUCCUACACUGCCAGAGCUGAAGAAAAACAGAUGGCUCAUGCCUACACACUCAGUCUGUGUGUAGGUGUGUGUGUGUGUAUGUGUGUGAGGCCUGAACCACAUCUCAGAUGCAUAAGACUAUGAGAAGAUCCUGCACAGCUCCAGACACAGUAGAUCCAUUAAAGAACAUCAACUUUCACAAAAUCAUGCACACUAUGUUUCUGACUGCAAAAGUUCUGCAAGAUGUAAAUGGAGAAACACAAAACUCCCAAACGAGCUGCACUCUGAUGAAAACUCAGAAAAGGGUCAGAGCUUUUCUACCACAGAUUUGUGCAGAUGAAGCUCAGUUUACGCAAGUUCGAAACUUUUCUUAAAAAAUCGUCUAAGCUUUCCCCCUUGAAUGCAUCGUCUGCUGUUCCUUCAAAAGUUGGUGUCACUCUGCUGGGCUGAAAUAGAGUUAUUGAUGCAUAAUAAAGACAUAAAGCUGUUAGUAGUGUGUGCACAUUGAAAUGCGUUUGCAGCGCUCAUGCACAGACAGUUUUAAACAUGCAGUUUUCUGAAGCUCAUCCUUGCACUGUCUAACCAAUGUGCAGACUACUGUACACCAGAAAGAUCCUGAACAGGUAGUCUGAACACUGGGAUGACGGAGCAGGACCCUGUUUCUUCUCCCCUCCUGGUCGUCCUCCUCUUCUUCUCUGGCUAACAGUCCUGCCUGAGGCGGAGGAGAGUCGGGAACAUUUUUCCUCUGAUAUUUUCCUCUUUUUUUAAUCUGGUGUCAGCUCUCGAUUGCGGGUCGAGGGGUCUCCCAAACAUCAGGCAUCCUCUCCGGUGGGUGACCCUCCUCCUCAGAUGUCAGUGUUUGUGAAGUUGAGCGUCCACGGGGCUGCGUCCGGCGUAGUAUCCAGUCUUGACGUGGCACUUUCACUCAUUCAGUUCAGGAUCUGCGCGCUCACACUGAGAAGGCGUGAGGAGACUAAGGGAGUGAGGGAAGGAGAGAGAGUCAGGGAGGGACUGAGCGGCCAUAUAAGGGUUGAUGGGACCCAUGGGGAUUCAACUUUGGACUGGUCUGCAGAUUCUCCCAGUUUCUCCUGGACAAACUCUCUCCUGCCCUUCUCCUCUAUCCAGCUCUAUCCCUCCUCUUCCUGAUCUCUACUUUCUAUUUCUACCCCAUCACAGCACCAUAACCCCCCUGCUCCAAGCUCCACCCCCUCUGUCCAAAGCGAUCCCAGAUGUUGCCGUACGAGCGCCAAUCCGGUUCUGUUAUUUUUUUGCAGGCUGUGUUACAGGAAGUGGGCCCCUUUGGAAAAAAGGAAAGAGGAACGAAGGAAGAGAGUCGUAGGGUUCAAGGGAGCACGGAAAGAGGGAGAUCUGAAAUAUUCAAACUCACUUCUCACAGCUCACACAUACAUCCACACACAUACAACAGUCAGGGUGUUUAGGACAUCCUCUCCUGCAGCCGUCUCUUCCUGCUUCAUAUUUCCCGCUCUCCUCUUUAACCUCCUCAUUUUGAACCUCUCCUCAAAGUCCUGAGCGAGGGAGCAGGCCGAGAGGAGAGAUGUUCGGGGGAAGGGCUUCACUUAAGGAGAAAUGUUGUGUUAGAGUUUGAGUCUGAGUAAUGACUUUCACAUGUGAGCCCAGCCGCCCCCCCUCCACCUCCCCACCUCUCUCUCUCCCCCCUCUUUCGUUUAACCGUCCUCCUCACUGUCUGCUCCUUCACUGACUCCUCCAAAGGCUCUCCUCGUCCAUGAGUCCCUACGGUGAUGACAGACCAGAGACUGAUGGCAUUUGUGUGUGUGUGUGUGUGUGUGUGUGUGUGUGUGUGUGUGUGUGUGUGUGUGUGUGUGUGUGUGUGUGUGUGUGUGUGUGUGUGUGUGUGUGUGUGUGUGUGUGUGUGAGUCAGUGUCAUCAAAUGAACUCAGAUGCUCUUGUUGUCCCACUUCUUCUCGCAGACCCCUUAACUCUCUUUGAUAUUUAUUAUAUAUAUAUAUAUAUAUAUAUAUAUAUAUAUAUAUAUAUAUAUAUAUAUAUAUAUAUAUAUAUAUAUAUAUAUAUAUAUAUAUAUAUAUAUACCCUUACAGCCCUAGAAUUCCCUUACAGCCCUUGAAUCUUCACUCUGUGUGUUUUUUUGCUCUUAGCACCUGUGUAACUUCAGUGUGAUGUCAUAUUUUACUCUGCAUACCUCUGUCAGACCUUAUCUCUCUCUCUCUGUUUCAGGAGAAGGAGAAAAAGUACAUGCUCUCUCUGGACAACUUACAGCUCAGAGAUGUGGAGAAGAGCUUCAUGUCCAGCAAGUUCAUCUUCUCCCUCUUCAACACAGAGCUGAGGUUUGUCUGUGUGUGUGUGUUAGUGAGUGUGAACGUGUGAGUCAGGAGAGGGAGUUGUGCUUUGUCACCAGCCCGCUGAAGUUUUGAUGAAAUUUCAUGGGGGGGGGGGGGCAAAAGUGCAGGAGAGGCUAAAGGGAUAUUCCGAUGUAAGCUUAAGCCAUGGUCAAACACACUAACACUGAGACAGUGCUGAUGAGGAGAGAUGACUUUUGCCAACUGCUAGCUUCUAUAGUUCCACCAACUUCAGCAAAGACGCACAAUAGCAAUACACAGCAGUGUAUGUCUCCAUGCACAAAACAAAUAAAAGCAUACUUUUGAAGCUUAUACUUCAAAAUAAAAGUGUUACAGCACAAGUCAAUUAAGUUUAAAUACAGUUUUGUGAUUCAAGCCAGAAUUUUGACAAACAGGUAGAAAUGUUGAGAAUAAAGUCCAAAAUUCCCAGAAAAAAAAAUCGAAAUGGUGAAAAUUGAGUCAGAGGUUUAAACAUGGAGAAUAAAGUUGCACUUUUGAAAAUGAAGUUGGUGUACCAUUUUUUACUUGUAAAAACGGUGACAGUUCCUGCAUGAUGGUGUGACACCCAUAGAUAUCAGCACUAGAUACCUCAGGAUCAAUACAACCUAGUGAUGGGCACAGCAGUUCUUUUAGAUGUACUGAAUCACUAGAAUCAGUUCACUAAAAAGAUUAGUUCAAAAGAUUCGUUCACCGAAUCACAGAAUCAUUCAGCGCUUGGUGGGAGGAGCCUGCGGCCUCUACUUUCACAACUGAUACACAGCUGAACAGUUCAGGAUUUAGUUCAGUUCAUAGCUUCUGGGACCAGGAGACGAGAGUGUUCUGCUGUGUUGCUUUAGCAAACAGAUUUUUUCGGAUCACAAUUGAUUUUUCUAAACUUUUGCAUACUGUGUGUCCACUUCUGACCAAUCAGAUUGCGUGUUGUUGUGACGUCUGAUUCACCGGUAUAUCCAACAUGGCCGACCGGCUGAUUGUUUACGUGUCGGAGAACAGAGUGUUUUUUGAUAAAAGACACAAACAUUACAAAGAUAACGACCUGAAGGAUAGUUUAUGUGCUUUAACAGUUUGCUAAAUGUCUUUGUUUUGACUUUCAUCUGUGCUAAGUAACUUUAGCUCAUAAGCUAACCUGUUCAGAUACAACAUACCAUAUGUAUUUUCACUGUCUCAAACUCAAUCGCGUUGCUGUCACAGCACCAUUAGGUCUGGGUUUUUACCUUAUGUUUAUGGAUUAUAGUUUAAUGUGCUUAUCUGGUACCGGCCCCGACUCAGUACAUGCUAUCAUGACAGACAGCCAUCUCAACACUAGUGUCUAAUCAGAACUGAAAAACAGUCAGUCUGGUGUCGUGUCAGUCUUUUCGCUUCCACCUGGGACACGUCUUUUUUCUCCCGGAAAGUUGCAAAAUCACAUCGGGCUUAAUGUGUAUAGUCAGGCACGUCAAAAUUCACCUCGGAAUAUUUUGUACUUUCACGCCAUAUAUUUGCGUUGGUCCCGGUUUAUAAGGACCUUUUUGUAAGUUUUUGUAGUGGCAAUUUAGCAGUAAAAAAAAUAGUUAAUUUUGUCCGACAAAUUGAUUCCAGAGAGUGUAGUUCAACGCAUGAUUCGGUUACCAAGUGAUUCAGGCAUAGGUGCAUGCGGUCCCUCGUUCACUGGCUGCUUGCCUGGCAAUGCUGCGUGCUAUAGGAGCUGUGCUGCUGACAGCUCAACUGAAGUGAAAAAUGAACGAAUCACUUGAGGAAGUGAUUCAGUUCAGUACGUUUUCUUAAAAGAUUCGGUUCUUUUGAACAAAUCGUUUGUGAAGAACACAACACUAAUACAACAGCAGCACAUACGUCAAGACCACUGUCAUCUUGGGGUGGUGCCGGUGAAUGACGGUAAGGGUUGUGUUGAAUGUAAACAAAUGGUGUUGUCAGGUAAACCACAGGCUUGCAAAACUUCAACCCAAAGAAAACCAAUGACAGGCACCGCUCCAAGAUGGCAGCGGUUCUGACACAUCAUGGGCAGGGAUGUGAGGCAUCUAGCCAUACAUAACUCUAUGAUCACACCUGCUCACACCAGGACUUUUUCUUCUGCAGUUUAUUGAAAACACUUUCAUUAUGAGUAAAAGCCAAAUGCAUUAUUUGAAAACACAGUAGGCAUGUAGAAAUGCAGUUUGUCAUCAACUCAUCAGCAGUCCUUCAUCUAACACUGGUUAGGAUGAAACUAAAACAAGAAUCGAACUCGUCAAGAGCUGAUUGUUUCAGACUUGUGAAAAAAAAAGAAGUCUUUCUGGAGUUUUCUUUUUGCUUGGUUUUCCAUGGAUGUUAAGUUGACCGUGUCAUUGAAGCAGUUUUAAGAAGUGACGAAUGAUGUUAGUACUCAGCAACUGUUGACCUCUAUUCCUGAAAGUUUGUCUUGACAUUUUUAGAAAACAAAUGUAAGCUUCUUUCUUGACUGUUGAUUUUGACUUUUUCUCUUAAAUUUGAUGCAUUUUUUUUCUCAAAUUUUAUUCUUGAUACUUGGACACUUUUCCUCAGAGUGAAUGGGAAAAAAAUCUUCCCCCCUCUGUUUUUUUCCUCUUUCUGGCUCUAAACUCUUCGUUCUACAAUAAGGAGAUGUCAAACGUCCUUUUACUGACCUCCUCCCCUCAACUCUGACCCGAAGAAUGAGCAAAUAUACAACGAGUGAGGCAGUGGGUGGAGCUUCAGUGAGCACCAGGCUGCUGAGGGCAGAGCUGGGUUUGAGUUUGGCGGGUGUCUUUAUGUGUAUGUGUGUGUGUCAAACAGAUCAGGAAACACAGAGAGACAAAGACAAAGCAUCAGAGAGCGAGUGUGUAUAGAGGGCCGGCUGAUUAUAGCUGAACAUGUGGACUUUGUUUAUAAUUCUGCUGCGUUCAGACACACAAACUGGAUCUGUGUGUGUGUCCGUUAGUGUCCAUGUGUGUGUUGUGUGUCCAUGAGUGUGUGUUGUUGUGUGUAUGUGCAGACCACAGCAUACCGACUGCAGGCUCAUUAAGCAGCUAAUCAAAGCCAGAGAGUUGGAUCAGAGAUGAGGCUGCUCUUGUUUGGAAAGAAUUGCUCGACUCACCACAAGAAGAGGGGGGUUAGGGGUGAGGGGGGUGAGAAAGAGUUGGACAGGCUGAGGGGGAGAAAGAAACAGAGAGGGAGAGAGAGAGAGAAAGAGUAUCAGAGCCAUCAGCCAGGAAUGUGUCAGACUCUGUCCUAUGGCGCCCCCCCCUUUUCCUGCAGCCUCUCUGUUUCUCUGUUUCUCAUUCUGGAUUUGCAUGCGUGUGUGUGUGUGUGUGUGUGUGUGUGUGUGUGUGUGUGUGUGUGUGUGUGUGUGUGUGUGUGGCAGACAUUUCAGUGGUUCUGUCUGACAGAAAUCAAAAACCUCAGGAAACUCUUCAUCCACAGCGUUUCUCAGGAUGAGUCAAAAGAGUCGACCAACCACAAAAUAAAAUAAAAAAAACCUGUUGAAGUGAACCGUUAAUCGGCAUAAAAAACAGUUUUAUAAGCAAGUGUUGGUGUUCUGAUCCGAUUGUCCUGAUCAGAGUGUAAUAGCAGUGUAGUUUUGUCAUGUUUGGCUCGGCUCCCUCGUCUGUUCGCCACCACACCCAGACUUAUUAGCCUCACCCGCCCUAGUCCGGCACAAUCUGACGGCCUCAGUCCCAACCUUUCUGUUCAUAAAGUCAGACUCCUCUCCUCUCUGUUUGUCUCUCAUUCUCUCACACACUUGCCGAGGUUUCACAUAUUUGAGGUCGAUCGCUCCGUGUUCAGAACGUGAGAAGGGAACAACAAAAGGAGGAAAGAAACAAUGGAGUGAUUACAGAAAAAUGUUUAACAGAUGGGCCGCAGCCCGCUCCAGAUCCUCCACUCUGACUGUGCUGCUCCACAGCCGGAGAGCAGAGAUGGAGGGAUGAUGAUGGAGAGAGAGAGGAGAGAAAUGCGGGGUGGAGGAAGGAAGACAGAUUGAGCAGUCAAUGAGAUAUGAAAGCAGCAGUUUGAUUUGAGGAAUCGUUAGAUUUUCCCGAGCUUAUGUUUUUUUUUCUUCUACAUUCGUUGUUUUUUGUUUUUUAUACAUGAUGUUUCAUGGAGAUGAUCCAAAUCUUUGCUGUACUAAAGCUUUAAAAUUCUUCCACCAUGAAGGGCCUGCGUUCAAUCUCCUAUGGGACACUUUUACACUGAACCCCUCGGCUUUUCCCCCUCUAUCCUUUUACACAUGAUCCAGGAAUGAAACAGAGGUCACUGAGUGCACCACUAAAACAUGAGACCAACUGUCACUACGCUAAGACUGUAAGUUCAGCAGUAAAUCUAGUUUUUUCAACUUGGGUCCUAUUUUAACAUACUCAGAGGACUAAAUGACAAACAGACCCAGUUUGUUUCUGAAUAUCUGUAGUAGAUAAAUAGGCUGUAAUGUCUGCAAAAGAAUCCCUGAUGGAUCAAAGUGCGUCAGUAAAAGCUGUAGUUUUUGUCUCCGACAGCGUAAAUGAAUGGAUCAGUGAUGAAAUGGAGCUAAACAGGAAUUUAACCUAAAAAAACUGAUAAAUGAUUCUCUACAAACACACAGACUGCACUCAGAAAAUACAAACUGUAUAUGUACUCAUUCAUAUUUUUAAUUACAAGUUAAAAUUUCCAUGGCUGUGCAAAUAAACAACUGUAUUCAAGUCCUCAUUAACAAUGGAAAGCAUUUCUACCUUAAUCUUGUUUUAAGAAUCAAAUGAAAGCAAUGACAUUUUAUGAUCUUGACUUUUAGAUUUAUUUUCCAAAUGAAUGUUGCACUGCUCUGUCAGUGUGGUCUGAAACAUAAGUAAGAGGGAGGAGACGGCUUCAGAGUGUUUAUUCUGUCAAAUACAACUUUAUUUUUAUUAUUUAAAAGAAUGGCACUGUUACACAUUCAGAAAUGUGUAAGAUCGCAUAAAAAGUCUAAUCACUGCCAAUAUGAUAUGCAGGGACCCUGAAUUAAUGCAACAGGAUUUGCAUUUUUCAGGAGCUCCACUUUGGUUGCUUUCUCUGAUUCAUGAUUGAAGUAUAGAUCCCCAGGAAAGUAAGACAUAACUGAUCUUAACCAGUGCUGUAAUACUUUUAUUUUGAAGUGUAAGCUUUAAAAUAAACUUUCAAAAGAACACAAAUCACCCACUUUAUAACACCUUGAUGGACCAAAGGGCCAAUGGUGGUGGAUGGCUCCCCUCUCUUUGCUGCAGGACAGACAAAUUCAGAAGAUCUUUUGUACCAACAGCCAUCAGACUUUAUAACUCUUCUGUAAAUAGUAGAUGACUUUUUUAGACAUGACAAAUGAGACGGCAGACAGUCAAUUUUCCCUUAGGGCAGUGGUUCUCAAGUCCAGUCCUCGAGGCCCACUGUCCUGCAUGUUUUGGAUGUUUCCCUGCUCCAACACACCUGAUUCAAAUGAUCAGCUCGUUAUUAAGCCAUUACAGAGUUUGAUAACGAGCUGAUCAUUUGAAUCAGGUGUGUUGGAGCAGGGAAACAUCCAAAACAUGCAGGACAGUGGGCCUCGAGGACUGGACUUGAGAACCACUGCCUUAGGGGAUAAAUAAAGUUAAUCUUUUUCCUAUUCUUAUCCUUAAAAGUAUGCUUUUAUUUAUAAAUGUAUUUUUUUUUUGGCAUUUUUGCCUUUUUUUUUUUUUUUAGUAAGAGCAGCUGAAGAGAGAUGAGAAAUGUCGGGGGUAGAGAGGGAGGGACGUCAUGCAGCAAAGAAUCAUGGCCAGAAAUCAAACCAGCAACCACCUCAACAAGGAUCAUAGCCUUUAUAACCGGGUUGCUUAGACUGCCAGGACAUCUGCACCUUAUUGCACGUCUAUUUUUAGCUCAGUAUUUAGUAUUAUUUUAUAAGAGGGUUAAUUGAAAAACCAGCACACUGAGAGAGUCCUUGUCUCUGGAUUCCAGCCUGAGGAUGUUCCUCAGAUAGGAGUUGAAUGAUCUGCGGUUAAUUUCUGAUUUUUUUUAUUUGUGCAGACAUAAACUUUUUAGAUUUAGUUUCUUGCACAGGACUGUGGUGAUCCUCACUCUCUAAAACGUGCUCUGCCAGCUUUUGUGAUGUAUCAGAGUAAUGUUUGAGUUAGAGCUAAGACCUACUAGCUAAAUGUGCAGAUGUGGCUAUUUGAAGGACAAAGUACUUAAGUGAGAUAUCAGUUCUGUGUCACACAAAGCUUAGAUCACUUCGGGCUCUAAACUGAGCUGUCUGGGAGACUUUUUAAGUGAAAUGUUUUGUUCAAAAGCACAGUGGUUUUGCUGCUUUCUGUCACGGGACGGAGGAUAAAGGAAGAUGUUGCAGCAGUUUAACUACAGUGUGCCAAAAGGGACAAAACACCACAAGAUUAGAAAAAUAUUAAUUUUGGACUUUCUUUGCAUCCCAAUAACCUGUGUAGUUUGAUCUCUCAGAGAACAGGAGUCGCUGGUCUCCUGCUGCCUCCAUCUAUCGUCAUGCUGUUGGAUCCGAACUAACCACAUAAAACAUUAAAGUUACACAAUAACAUCAAGACACUAAAUCAUUUAGACAGAAGAAAAUUUACAACUCUGGUGUUUUUCUGAAUAAAAUGACUGUUUUUAUUUGUAACAGAGAUAGAACUUAGUAAACAGAGGUUUGUAAAAUAAGGGGUUGCUUUGCAGUCAUCACAGCCUGUUUUACUGCAGCUGGAUGAAGAAAUCUACAGGAACAGUGACAAAACUGUCUACCUGUGAGACAUCUAACCCACGACAUGUCAAAGUUUGGCUCAGGUUUUAAGUAUUUGGAUCACUCUAACUAAAGUCCCUUAGCAUCAUUCAAUCAAACAUUCUGUAAGCUCUCCAAAAUGACAAUCAGAUUUAUUUCAAACAAAAGCAGCUUCUUUUGUUCUGCAGUUUGCACCAAACAAAGGAUCAUUAGAGCUGAAAUAAAUCUCAGGCUGCAGAUCAUCGUGUUGUUCAGGAAUGUGUUUGAUGAAUUCACAGAGAGCAGCUUUCCCAAAACUCUCCUCCAAAGUGGAUCUGAAGCUGAGUGAAGAGAACAAACACUGUAAUCCUCAGUCGUCUUUGUGGUGCCCUUUGUGACUGCGGUGUUUCUUUUUAACUCCUCGACGGGCUAACUGAUAACAGCUGAUGGCAGCGUGUCAGACGUGACAGCUCGGAGAGAAGUGAGGAUUUAGCACAUGACGCAGCAAGCUGAGGAGACUGACUGUUUCACAGACAACACUUUUACUUCCCUCUUUUCUCCUGAGACUAAGAGGAGCAAGGCUUGUUUUAUUUCCACUUGAGGUCUGAUAGAGUUAAACUAAAAAAAAAAAAUCAUCCCAGACAUUGUGACUGUUGUAACACGUCUUUACUUAAAGGUCAGGCUGAUGUUUGAUCAUUAAAGAAGGAAGACAAACUGCUCUUUAACUUCAUGCCACACUGAGGUGGAGUUUAAAGUGGAGGAAAAAGUUUAAUGGAGUAACAUUUUGACCAACUUACCAGUGAUUGUGUAACAACAGUGCAGCAAACACUUCACUAACUUUACAGCCAACAUUUUUUUCAUUACUUUGUGUACUGCUGUUCACGUAGUGUCCUAGUUUUUAUUCUGAAUUUUUUUUUUUAUCAUACACCAAAAUAGCAACACUAAUUUAAACCUGUUACCAUCUGUGAGGGGCACUAACAGUUUGCACAAGUGGAUCUAGAGUCAAGUGUGCAGUAAAGAUCAGUUUGUGAAACCAUGGUAAUGACAUCCCAUCCCUUAAGAGGAAGAAGUAACUAGACUGAAAGAUCUCCUUGAAAGAACUAAAACAUUAUAGGAAAAUCCCAAGACACUUUUUAAAAAAAAAUUACAUUGACAUUCUAUUCAGGUGACUUUCUAAUUUUGAUCAUAGGCACAAAAUCAACAAGGCUGGAGCUCUUGAGAAAAAGAAGAAUUUUUUUGAGUCUUAAAUAUAAAGGUGUGAAAACUGUGCUCACCUUUAAGCACAGUUUUUACACAAGGGGAAAAAAUUUGGAGGACGUUUUUAUCAUGCAUUGUCUUUAUAAUUGAAAGUUGCAAAGAAUUUCCUGUAUUUACAACCUUUUCAGUAAGCCUUUGCCCUCACUCAUUCAGCAGACAUUCACUUCAUCUCCUCUGACAUUCUCCCGCCUGUUUGUGUUGUCUUUGCAGUAACUACUGUACGAUUAUUUGCUGCUCAACAUUUACCAGCUCUGACUCCACACACUCAGACUCAGCCCCCAUGAUUUGUUUUGCACAAACAAGAAGAGAAUAAACAGGAACUAGAAACUGAUGACAUGACUAGCGUAGAAAUUGCAACUAGUGUUUAAGUAAAGCAGAGCAGACAAUCCAACACAUGAGCAUAAAGUAAAACUUUAAUGUCCUUGUGGGGCAGUUUGCAUUGCAGGUAGUCACUGCAGUUAAAACUAUCUCUAAUUAGUCCGAAAACCAGGUGCAUCAGUGAAUGUCUACAUUUGAAAAACACAUGCAUCAUCAGUGUUGGAUUCAUUGUUGUCUAGUUUGUCUGGACACAAAAGAAAUAGACUAUCACAUUAAGAAUGACAGGUCAAAUUUUUUACUUAAGAAACUUUGCAUUCUUAACAUCGGAAAAAAAGGUGUGUGUGUGUAAUCAUGUGUCGGGAAAUAUCCAACGCUUUGCAUCCCUAUUUUUUCCUUCAGUAUCCCUUUAAGGACUUUGCACUGCAGUACAAUGACAGAAGCUCUUUCAGAGAAAAAUUCAUUUGACCUGUAUUUUGAUGUUAUACUUUGACUCAUGUCCCAUUUGUUAACAUGGAGGAGACUGACUUUUUGAUUCAUACAGCAGCCAGUCAGUAGGGGGAGGUCUGGGUGUUUUGGGCUUUUACUUAUGCUGUUUGACUUUGAAAGCUUUUCUUUCUUUAUCAUAGCAUGGAAGGUAAACAAUGCACGGCAACACUCUUACUGUAGUAAAUGUAUUUAGGCCUUCCUCUCUGAAUUAUGGAAAUCGUGUUGUUCCUGUCAUUUUUGUGUACUUAGAUCUGUAGUUGUGUCGUUGUUCUUGUUGUUGUUGUGCAAUUGGAUCUGUUAUACCAAGUCUCUGUGUCUCUGCAGGAACGUGUAUAAGGACUACAAGAGUCUGGAUCUGGCUUGCAACUCUCAGGAGGAGCUGGAGAGCUGGAAGGCAUCUCUGCUGCAGGCCGGAGUUUACCCCGAGAGAGUUACCGUGAGUACACUUGUCUGCACACCACUCCACCUUGCCUAUGUGUCUUGUGACCUCACCUCAGAGUGUGUGCAAACCUUAAACACCAGCCAUCACCCCCUCUCACCCCUGGGUUUGCUCCCCCUCACCGCUUUUCUUCCAGAGAGAGAAAGUCCCCCGCCCCUCCAUCUCGCUCUGUCGUUGGCUCCUCACAGCAGCAUUCCCCGCACAUGAUGUCACUGCAACAUGUGUGUGUGUGUGUGUGUGUGUGUGUGUGUGUGUUCCAGUCUGUUUCUAAUCAGCAGUUCUUCGUCCCUCGCAAACUCCCCUCUUUUCUCUCCCCCCCCCGCUCUCUCUGCUCCUCUCAUAGCUCUCACAGCCGUUUCUCCUCCUCAACACAAAGACCAGCUGACAAGAUACAAACUCACACACACACACAACAUGCAACUUUAGCACUUCACACAUCUCACACAUCUGUACCAGCAUGUUCAGCCCUCUGUGUAUGACCGCCUAAGAGCUGUGUGUUUGUGUGGGUUAAUGUGUGUGUCUGACAGGUGGAUGCAGAGGGUAAUGGAUCUCCUGAGUACUUCUCGGAUCCUCAGCUGGAGCGCCAGGUGGAGACGAUCCGCAGCCUGGUGGAGUCCUACAUGAGCAUUAUCUAUAAGACCAUCAAAGACCUGAUGCCAAAGACCAUCAUGCACCUGAUGGUCAACAGUGUGAGACAUUCUAACACACAUCUUAAUCGUUGUAGUGCAUAAGAACAGCAGUAUAAGGUCAUAAAUAUAUUGACAGCAUGUAGUUUAAAAUAUCCUUAUCUCUCAUUCUUUGAAGAGAAACGUCUCCUUUUUUAAUCUGGAGGUUAAGUUGUUCUUCGUGGACACUAAAGUGGGAUUUAAAGGGAUUUAAUCUUCAGUGCUGUCACACUGGCAGAGAAGACAGAACUGAUGAACCUGAUGGUUCGAAAAAUUGAUCCAGACAAGAUUCAGAAAUCUACGUGUUCUUUAUUUAUAUAGGAGACCUAUUUUACUUGUUUCUGCCUUUCAUUGAGUCAGUUUUGGACACCUGUAGAGUAGCUCAAUGAUGAGCAGCUUUAAAAACUCCUUAUUUAUCUCUAUGAAAAUCCACAUUUCAGCUCUAUUCAGCCUCUGACUGAAACACUUCAUUUUGGCUGUUUUUACACUGAUAGAAAGUCGGACACAGCUUGGGGUGUUACUUUUUACACAGCUACGUAGUCACAAAAUGACCUGGAAGUUAUGCCUUUACAGAAAACAUCUGCAGACAUGAGCCUAAAUCAGUUAAUCCUUCUCAAUGAACAGCUCCAGGUUUCAGGAACAGCUGGGACUCAAAUCCAGCUUGUACUGGCCUUUGUUUACAAAGCAGUCAUCAGUGAAGUGGUGAGCACAAACAGUUCUGUUAUGGCUGUCGUUGUCCUGAAAACUCUCCACUGUUUUCUGGAGCCUUCAUCUUUGGGGAGAGAAAAUUGCUGAGACUUUCCUCCAUGACUAAAAGACAGCAGGUUGUGUCCAUGACCUUGAAACAAGCUGAUUAUAGAAUCUGGACAACACAAAGAUUACGCUUCCAUAUUUCAAUCAAGUAUGGAUGUCCAGUAUUAUGUUAUAUGUGUGUAUAAUCAUCAUACAGUAAUAGGUCUCGUUUAAAGUAAAACUUGACUAACUCAACUAGAUACAGACUUUAAAAGAGUACAAGCACUGCAUAUUAAGGUUUGUAUUACAAACUUUGUCCACAGGGGGCACCAAAAUCCACACAAAAAGAAAGGUCAUUAUAGCUGCUUAUGAAUAUUUUUUGUGUUGAUGUUAAAGGUCCUUACACACUGGGGCCAACACGAAUAUAGAACGCAAAAUUACAAAAUAUUCGGAGGCAAAUUUUGACGCACCUGACUAUACAAAUGAAGCCCGAUGCGAUUUUGCGACUUUCCGGGGGGGAAAAAGAUGCGUCCCGGGUAUCAGAAGUGGACACACUGUAUGCGAAACUUAGAAAAAUCGACCAUGAUCUAAAAAAAUAAAUGCCGCUAUAUUGCAGAACGGGAAAACGUCGCUGAUGGGAAUGCUUGUAUUGACAGGAUACGGGUUAAAAAAAAAUAAGGACGUCUGAAAUGAUCGCACGACAAAAAUGGUCCCGGUGUGUGAGGACCUUAAGGCUGUUUUGUGAUUGGCUAUUUUAUGAAGGCAAAAUUCUCACCAUUGAGCAGAUGUAUUGUUUUACUUACUGAAAAUACCUAUUAGUUAAUAAGAAAAUGCUAUUUAGUUUCUGUAAUCCAGUCUGUAUCAAGUUCCGCUUGCUCAUGUUGAAUCCUCUGACCAGCCAUCCUGUCUUUUUUUUAGAGGUUUGAUGAGGGGGCCGACAGGGAAAAAGUCCAGACAAAAUCAGGGUGAACAUUUUGGCUGUUUGUGUUUAUGCCUGCAGCUCUCUGUGUAAAUUUUCCGGUGUGAAGCUCAUAUUUGGAAUGAAAUCUCAGAGGAAAUCUUGUGAAUGUGUGCAGUCAGACGUUUUCUCAGCCUAGCACAGUCUGUUCUGUCUCUGAGUAGUUUUUGCAUCAACCUCCUCUUCAGGGUUUCUGAGACUUCACUCCUCGUGGAAUCGGUAAAUAAUCUCAGUGUAAUCUGCGCGUGACCUCUGUAUAAUCUGUGCUGUCUACAGGUGAAGGAGUUCAUUAGCUCAGAGCUCUUGGCUCAGCUCUAUGCUCUGGGCGAAGGAGCCACUCUGAUGGAUGAGUCAGCCGUGCAGCAGCAGCACCGCCAGGAGGUGCUCAGCAAACACGCCGCCCUGAAGGAGGCGCUGGCCGUCAUUGGACAGAUCUCCACUUCCACCUCCACCACCCCUCUGCCCCCACCUGUGGACUCCUCCUGGAUCCAGCCCUCCAGGUACACGAACUCCCUCUCUCUCUCUCUGUCACACACACAGAUUACAGUUGUGUCUGCAGUGUGAUCGUCACCUCUGCUCCUCCCCCUCCUCAGCCUCCCUCCUCAGAAGUCAGUGACCAGCAACAGACCUACAGGUCGGGGUCAGGCCCCUCCUGCUCCCCGCCUGCCCUCUCACACUGCACCCUCUGCCCCCCCCAGCACAGACGGCAUUCACCUGCCCACUAUUCAGCCACACCGCCCCCCUCCCAGCGUGCCAAGGUGACUCUGAAACCACAGUAACACAUCCUGAACCUGACCUGCUACACUGUAUUCACACACACACACACACACAUACACACGCAUACACACACAUGUGCACGCGAGCACACACACAUACACACUUACACAUGCACUCACAGACAGCGUGGGGGCAGAGCAAGCUGAUAUUUGAGCUGGGUGGGGGUCUGCAGGAAAAUGUGUUUCUCAUAUUGUGUUUCCCAUCAGCCCCGGCAGUCCGGACUCCUCUGUGAGCAGCCAGAGACAACAGGCCUAGCUCCUCCUCCUCCUCUCCAUCCUUCAUCCCCCUCUUCUCCCCCUCCUGCAUGCAUUUGUUUUAUAGCCCUCCCCAGCCUCCCCCGUGCAGUAACCAUUAUUUUUCCUUGUUCUUUUUCUUGUGCAUUUCUUCUUCUCUCCUCCUUUACGGUUCCUCCCCUGCUUUUGGCUUGGCUCUCCUCUUUCUCUCUGGCUCAUUUCCUCACUGCUCUCCAAGGUUCUUUAGGUUCUUUCCCUCCUUCAGACUCUCUCUCUCUCCUCUUCUGACUCUUUCCAUCCAACCUAAUGCCCUCUCUCUUCGCUCACUCUUGUGUCCCCUAUAGAUGUUUCUCUCUAGGAACUUCUAUAAGUCUGUUUAAGUUCUCAUCAGUGUAAAGUGUUUCAAUACUCAAGGCCAGAACUUGUCUGACAGUUUUGAUGGUGUUUCUGGAAAAUGACCUUCAAAGUGAUCUUAAAACAAGGUAACAAGCCAGAGUAGAGAGCAAUGACAAAGAUUGCUGCUAGUUAGUGCUAACAUGCAGAGAGGGUAAUGUCAGAGAGUAAACACAGACAGAUUAGUAGUCUGAUAUUUACAUGAAUAAAAGGCUCCACCAUCUAGUGUGAACAGCCAAGCUAAAUCUUUAAUCUGCUAAAAAAAAAAAGGUUAACCUAAUGUACACAGGUGAGUUUAACCCUCACUCUUAUGUAGAUCGGGGGAGUUUUUUUUUUUAAAUAACUGUUUACAGUUAUUUUUUUUUUAAAUUCCAGGCUGUAAAAAUGUUUUUUUUUUUUUCUUUAAAAUUAAAUGUUUAAACAUUGGGUUUAAUGGGGACUGACUCACUAAAGAGCAUAGCCUCUAGUGGACACUGAAGAAACUGCAGUUUUUGAAGAACACGUUUCCCUUUAAAGUAAGAUCAUAAAGUAAGAAAACUGACAGAUGGUUUAAAAUAGUAGCCUGUGGUCAAAAUAUUUAUAAAAACACAAAUAACAGCAGGGUAACAAAUGUUGAUUUUAAUACAAGAACAGAGCAGUAUCAGAUUUUAGGUUUGUGUAUGUUAUAAAUAUGACAUUUAACUGAAUCUCACAAUGAUGUGAUCUACAGGAGGAAUCCACCACCCAUCCCAAACGUGAAAUAACAGACCCUCCUGUUUAGGACUCCAUCACCCAUGUGCCCCAGCUGGAGCUGACUUGAAUGAUGUUAAAUCCAGCUGCAGCUCGAUGCUCCUCUGAGAGUCUGAAGGACCCACAGAUUCUGUUUUCUGCAUCAGAUCCUCGACCAUGAGAGCUGGAAUGUCCUGAAGCGUGUGCUGCCUGAACUCUGUGUACAUAAAAAUAUUGACUUAUUAUACUAUAAGAGAAUACACUUGCACUAUUUUUACUGUUUUUGAAUAAACAGGCAUUCUAUUUUUCAA